GAUGAAAAUAAUGGGAUAUUGCAUCAUUGCUUCAAACGUAAAAACAUGGACUCCAUUGACAGUGAAUUCUGCCAAAAUGGCUCAUCUCUGCGUAACAAGAAAGCUGCAGUUGGAGAAAACUCGUGUAGCUUUCCACUUGGUCCCAGUUCUCUGGCAGAUGAUGAUCUCAGUUUUUUUGACAACAAUUGUGUGGAGGAAGACACGAAUGAUCUCUUGUGUUAUAGCUGGUCUGAGAUAGGGAACUUUGAGGAUGUUGACAUGAUGUUCAGUUGUGAUUCAACAUUUGGACUUGGAGAUGGAAAUGAGAAUGACCUUGGUUGGUUUUCAUCAUCAGAUGCUAUUAAAGGAUUCGGAGAAGGAUUUUCAGAUUUUAAGUUUCAUAACCCAGCAUCCAAUGCACUGGAAAAUAUCUCUGGCAGACUUGAAGUUUCAAAAACAAAGGAAACGGGCAGUUCAGUUAGUGAUUCUGGCACUAAAAAUCAAUCAGCGAGCGAUAACAUGUGGCCCUCACAGAAAGAUGAAUCGGCCAUUCUGAGCCAUCUACCUUUUGUGAAUGGAUCAAGUAAUUCAGAGUCUAAUUUAGCGCCUCAAAAGAAAAUCAAUAUAAAUACGAACAAUGGAAAGCACCAGAAUCAAUUGGAAGGAAAGAGGAAAGGUACUUAUAUAGAAAAAGGUGAUGCCUUGCAUAAAAUAGAUGGCCUUUCUGCAGAGAAAAAAUAUUCUACUGAGGCCACUGAACCUAUCGUCAAUCUGAUAUCAUCGGGUAGUCAGCAGAAAAAUGAAGCUCAUGAACCUGAGACUGAUUACUUCAAUAGUAGCUUUCCUUACAUGUCUGAUUACAGUAGUUCAGAUCAGACUGCCCUUCACCCAACUUCAUCGAUUACUAAAUCUGGAAAUGAUGGUUUCAUGUCCCUUUCGCCCAAGGACAUUUCUGCAUCAAAUCAUCUGCAUUCUAUGCAGCACUUUCCUGAUCCUUCUUUUCAGAUGGAUACAACAAGCGAAAAGAAGGCACAGAAGCUACUUCACCAUUUUGGAAACAACAGUGAUCUGGAAGGCAUUAGCAUGAGACUUCCAGCAGAAUUAGAUUCCUCGAUUGUACUAGAGAGCACUUCCAUUAGUUCUAGGUUGGAUGAAGUUGCAGAAGAAGCUGCUGGUUUUCACCAGCUUCAAUGCGUCACAGAACGGUUGGAUAUAAGGACAAAGCUAUGCAUAAGGGAUAGUUUGUACCGGUUGGCUCGGAGUGCUGAACUAAGGCACAGAGAUGCUAGUAAUGACUCUGGAGAUGAUAGAGAUAGAAGCCAAGCGUUGAUUAGCGAACGGACAAACAAGUGGGAGACACGCGACCUGCCAUGUUACCAUGGCAUGUUCAAUAGGCACACUUUCGACAAGGUAAAAGGGUAUAUGGACAUGGAAAGAGACACAAACCCUAUAGAUCGAUCAAUUGCACAUUUGCUCUUCCUCAGGUCUUCAGGCUCAUAUGUAACACCUGACUGUGAUUCCUUGGCUUGAGAGGUCCCCUUCCAUGAUUCAUCGCCUCUGAGUUGCCUGCUGGUGAUGGCUGAAGACUUGAUUUGUCUUGGAGAAACUGCAGCUAAAUGAGAGAGAAAAGUUGCUGAUAACAGAUCAUAUAUACUUUAAAAAGCUUCAAGAGAAAUGGUGGUGUCUACACUAAUCAUCAUGCUUCGUCGUAUAGGGUUUAUCAACAAUAUAUUACGAGGUAGAUAGUGAAGUCUCUGGCUGUUUCAUGAGGAAGAAGAUAAUGUAGCUGUGGUGAAGCUGCUUAACAUGCUUUAUCAGUUUUACGUUAAUCUAUCGUCCUAAAAGAUGAAGGGUGCUUUCGGUAGUGAAUAAGAGUAUGGAUAUGCAGGGGCAAUUGCCAACAUAUCUAAGAGUGACAGCAUAGCGGAAUCAACCUAACGUCCUAACCUGCAGUUCUAUGUUUUUCCUUUGUGGGUCAGGUGGGGGUGAAAAAAUAAUGGGUGAAUAUCUGUAGCAACCCCGACUCAACAAUUGCCAACUGCAAUUUAAAUUCUACUUAAUCGAGCUUGUGAUGGCUAGAAUACUAUGUUGAUGCAUAGGCACUGUUGCGCCUUAGCGCGCUUUCUUCCUCUAUCCCUGGUUGAAGAGUGUGUCGAGUGUUGGGCAUCUUGGAGGUUAGCAUUGUCUUAUGAGAAAUAUUGUCCUAAUGUGUAAAAAGAUAUUAUCAGUACAUUUACCUGACAGGGCUUAGACGAAUGUUUUUUGGUGAUAUGUGGCUAUGUCACGUCAUCAUAAGAGAAGCAUUGCUGUAAUAUUUAAAAGAAUCUCCGUGACAUCGUAAGAGAAGCAUUGCUGUAAUAUUUAUGUCA